CCAGCGAGGACACUGCCCCGGGAGUGGAGUGGGCCGUGCCGCUCGGGGACACUCGCUGCGGCCCCGCCCGAGCAAGGCCGUGCCAGGAGGCACCAUGCCCCAAAACGUGGUCCUGCCCGGGCCGGCGCCCUGGGGCUUCAGACUUUCGGGGGGCAUAGACUUCAACCAGCCUUUGGUCAUCACCAGGAUCACUCCAGGAAGCAAGGCGGCAGCUGCCAACCUAUGUCCUGGAGAUGUCAUCCUGGCUAUUGAUGGCUUCGGGACAGAGUCCAUGACUCACGCUGAUGCACAGGACAGGAUUAAGGCAGCAGGACACCAGCUCUGUCUCAAAGUUGACAGGGCGGAAGCUCGCUUAUGGUCUCCACAGGUAACUGAAGAUGGAAAGGCUCAUCCUUUCAAAAUCAACUUAGAAUCAGAACCACAGGAUGUGAACUACUUUGAACACAAGCACAACGUUCGGCCCAAACCUUUCAUAAUCCCAGGCCGAAGCAGCGGACGCAGUACUCCGUCCGGUGUUGACGGCGGCAGUGGGCGUAGCACCCCUUCUUCUCUCAGUACUCUUAGUACUAUUUGCCCAGGUGACUUGAAAGUUGCUGCUAAGAUGGCCCCUAACAUUCCUUUGGAAAUGGAACUUCCUGGUGUGAAGAUUGUACAUGCUCAAUUUAAUACACCCAUGCAGUUGUACUCAGAUGACAAUAUUAUGGAAACACUUCAGGGUCAGGUUUCAACAGCUCUAGGGGAAACACCCUCGAUGAGUGAACCCACGGCCUCCGUGCCCCCCGAGUCGGAUGUGUACCGGAUGCUCCACGACAAUCGGAAUGAACCUAGUCAGCCUCGCCAGUCGGGCUCCUUCAGGGUGCUCCAGGAACUAGUGAACGAUGGCCCUGAUGACCGUCCUGCUGGAACUCGGAGCGUAAGGGCUCCAGUCACAAAGGUCCAUGGCGGCGCUGGCGGCACGCAGAAGAUGCCAUUCUGUGACAAGUGCGGGAGUGGCAUCGUUGGUGCGGUUGUGAAAGCGCGGGACAAAUACCGGCAUCCGGAGUGCUUCGUGUGCGCAGACUGUAACCUCAACCUCAAACAGAAGGGCUACUUCUUCGUGGAGGGGGAGCUGUACUGCGAAACUCACGCCCGGGCCCGCAUGAGGCCCCCAGAGGGCUACGACACAGUCACCCUUUAUCCCAAAGCUUAAGCCUUGGGCAGAACGAGCACGCACACACCCACGCGCGUCCACACAGGCUGGUGUUAAUGGCUUUGGGGCAGAUUUAUAGCAAAGUGUUGACGCCAAAUCUAGAACCAAGAUUUUAGACACUUACUGUAUUUUUAGGAGAAAGAAUUGGAGGUACAUGCCUGUUGUAACACAAACAUGCAUUCAACUGUUUGGGGGGGAGCUUAGCAAUAACUUAAUGGCAUUUAAAGCAAUAAUUUUUUCAUGCCAUUCUCCACAGUUUCCAUUUAUAUUAUUAUGACCAUCAAACAUGUAAACAUCAAGAUAUUUGGGGAGUCCAAUUGUCUUUCCUUAACCAGCUGAUUUUGCAAUUCUAGUAAAUACCAAAUGACAAUCUUGUAUUCUAACAAAACCUGCAGUGUCUGUUAUCUGUUUCAACAAUUACAGUGCAUGUCAGAAAUUUUCUAGAUCUCUCUAGUUUCAUAUUCAACAGUCAUACUGCUGGAUGCAACAUAACAUAAUAAAUACAUAAAAUAUUUUUAAAAUACCUAACAAAGUGGCACUUGCUGAAUUCAGAUAAAAUCAACAUUCCAAUGAGGGAGCCCAGUCCUAACUUGCCGUGUACAACCUGAGUUGUACACGAGUGAUAACUCGAAUAUUUUAAGGAAAAAAAUAUGGUUUCUUUAAUUUUUAUAACUCAUUUGCUCUUUCUUAGAGCCCACAAUUUCUGCUGAUUGGAGGGGCAGUUUUAAAUUUGCCAGUUAAAGGUGAUACAGUCUCAGAUUAAAACAGUUUCUGUUGCUUUGAAA